AUGCGCACCCGACAGUCAUAUCAAGUUAAACCAUCUCCGGAAAGCCCUCCCCCUUCUCCUUCCAUAACCUCUUAUGAGGGAUUUCUAGAGGGAGAUAUUUCCGGGUGGCCAUGCUCAGAGGAGUCUAAAUUUGGGCCAAGACCGAGUAGCUCUCCUAUAUCGGAGUCGCGCUAUAUUGUAUUCAAUCCCACAGGAAGCAACAUUUCCAUAACGGAGCUAGAACGACGACAUCCACCGGGCCAUAUCGAUAUUCCACAUGGACCUCAAAUGCGCUCUCAAAUACUGCCAAGUCUUAUAGAUCGAGUCUGCCAUCCCAUUUGUCAAAAAGUCCUGAAGCCUCCGGAGAACAAACCUCUAGCUCACAGAUCUUGGAGCUCUGCACAACAAAUUUGUACGUCUGGAUUUCGUCAUUGUGAGGGAACCCAAAAGAGGAGAGGGGGUAUUGGGAAACGUUCUGAUCAAAAUAAUGACAACUCUGAUGAUAGCGACGACGGUAGGAGACGAAAGAAAAGUUUGGGGGGGUUGAAACACCACGAGGGGAUUAUAAAGAGGUUAAAAUGCCCAUAUUACCAGAGAAAUUCUAUUAAGCACACACGGAAUGCUUGCAGGGGUGCCGGGUUUACAGACAUGGCGAAACUGAAAUCAUCUAAAGCGGUAAACAUGGCCUCAAACACUGCUUGCUACAAACACCUACUUGACGACCCCAUUUGCCGGAUAGAACCGUCUCCAAAUCUGGACGAUGACCGCAUUUGUUGCAGGAGUUACAGUAUAUCACCUUCAAUUGGACUCCAUUUUCGCAAUAUCAGAGUGUGGAUGAAAAGUAGAAAACCCUCUUCCAGAUGCUAUUCCCUAAUGAAGGGCAUGUUUUAUCUCCCUGAGCCUGGUUUGAGCGAGAACUUCGAUCAGCUUCUAGCGAAAGCCCUGGAAGAAGAGCUUCCAGCCAUCUCAAGAAUUCGGGAACGACUUGUGGACAUCAUACAACAGUGCAAGAAGAAAGCAUUGGAAAUGCCAAGCCAACAAAUUAUAUCACAUCUUUCAAAUUCAUCGGGGAGUUUGAAUUGCCGUAGGUUCAAUAUCCAUCAGAAAAAUUCCAUAUUCAAAUGGCGACCACUUCCAGGUAGCGCCGCCGUCAUCGACAUUCCAUCAAGAACAACCAAAACUCGAAGGAGGAUCUUCACCGACACUAGCUGGAUGAUGGUCAGAGAUCACUACGAAAUGAAUGAGCUUGACGCCCAGAGAUGGGAUAAUCCAGAGCACUCGUGGGAGCUGAGUGUAGAAGACUUCCAAAGAGGCAAGGAUUUCCAUGACCCUUCUAGAAAACUUUACCAGAUGAUUCCUUCGGCCAGUAGCUUCAUCGAGAUUAGACCCAGUCCCAAUAUACUGAGUAUUAUACUCAUUCAUAUGGACCGAGAAGUAUGGGCAUUGACCCCUGAAAGAAACCCUGAAUUCAUUUGCCCCUACUCCCUAGAGCGGAAAUUCCACAGCACAAGGCCUUCCGCAAUAGGCUGUCAAGUUCCGUUCAGUUCCAUGCCGUUACCUGUAAAAAACACAAACUCGUACGCACGCAAAUGGACAAACAGUACAACACACUCCCAAAUCAAGCCCUCGCUGCUCACUCACUCGCUCCGCGAGCUCCUUGGCAUCAUGCACCUGAUCGACAUACUCUUUAUCAGGGUGCUAACCCUGCAGAAUCUAAAUCCACCCCCCACAAAAACAUUCAUUAUGCACAUGUAUAUACUUCCUCAAACCGAUGAUUCUCCUCACGUGCUUAUCUAUCAAUUCUACCCUACAUCUCCCUUCUGCGCUUCAUGCUCCUGCCUGAAGUGCUCUCAAAGAUUGUGCAUCGAUACAACAUUAUACCAACAUCAUAAUCAAAACUUCUGUAGCGCGAGGAAAUCCACACGGGUGUUCGUUGAUUUUGUUUCCCUGAAAGCUAAGAGCAGGGACAAGGUUACCCAGCUUGGGAUCCGCUACUCGCAGAGCUUAGUGAACUCUACUUCCGUUGAGAGCUCCCGAAAAUCACACUCCCUACUCCACCGAUCCAUCUGGCACGCAAACACUUCCUGCAUUACAAGCACAAUACGAGUUUCCCAGCAUCGUCGACAUCAAAGAUCAGAAUUGAGGAGAAAUGAGUUGAUUCUCUGGGGAGGUGCUCGAGCUAGCUUAAUGUACCCCUCAGGACCAGGUCCUAAGAUUGGGUCGCAUUCUGAACCGCAGGGAGUAAAAUUUGGAUGCCUUCGAAAUCAGAGUGGUAUUAACAUUGAAGUUGUUCAUACUCAAAGUCUACCUAGUUAUUGGUUAGUGACCCAUGCGACCACAACGAACGGCACCCCCUGCCUGCCGUCUGGCCAAUUUCGGAUUCGGGCCCGCCUCUAUCUCGUGGCCUCAAUCCUAGAUGAUUCAAAUUACUACCUACAAUUCCUAAGGUUUCGCUUCUGGACCUCAAUGGCUCCGACCCGCGACGAGUUCAUUGCUCAAGGCGAAGGCAAGAUAAGGCUCAAUCGCUCAGCUAUUAAUCGCGGGACGCAUUGGUCAGCGAGGAAUGAGAUGGAGAUGGCAUGUCCAAAUGCUCCACAUGUUUCCACGGUGCAAUGUUCGGCCUUUGAAGCCCCCCCUCCAGGCAUCGCCAUGCAAUCCCCAUGA